GAAAACCUCACAUUUCCUAAAACAUGCAUUCUUCACGAAUUUAUCCUUAUAGUCGAUAAUGGUCAAUUUCAAAAUACAUUGGAAGGGCUGUCCUCAUCGAACGUUCCCACGAAUAGAUAAUACUUCGAAUCGUCCUCAAAUCAAUUUCACUCGGUGUACUUCACACGCCAAUAGAGGCACUUGUGAGAUACACAAUUGUCGGGCUCUCGAGCAGGCUAGAAGAAAAGAAAGGGUUGGCGCUCGUAAUCGAAGAUCAAAAAGUUUAAGGGCUUCUAUUAUUACUCGCUCCCAGCGACGUGCUUUGAAACAAGUUAGACAAGAAGUUUUUGGGUGGAAAUCAUCAAGUCCAAAAACUACUAGGCAGGAUCAGGGAAGCGAUACUUUACUUGCGCUUGUCGAAAGUGUCGUUGAAUCAAAUCCAACUUAUCACUCUGACAGAACUACCGGCGAAAAUCAUAUCCAUUCUGUAGACGGCGCUGGUUGCUCAACUUUCAACAAGAUUAAAGGUUCCAUUGCGAACAAGAAUAUAAUAUCUCAAACCGGAACUCGAGCUAACUCCACACAAUUGACUGGUCUUGAUCAAAUCCGACGUUAUCAAGCCAAUCCUGGAAAUCCCGCACCACAAGAUAAUCCUAAUUAUAGUACUAGGAGCUUGUAUAAGAAGUAUAAUCCGUCCACACGUACUGGUUUUGUCUCUCCAGCUAGAAGUAAAGCCUUCUUGGCGGCAUCUACACUCGCAAGUCUUUACGAAGAACAAGGUACCAAUCAGCAGAACUUUAUCCAGUCGUCGGUAGUAUCUACAAUAGGCGAUCCUUCCAAAAAAGAUAUUCCGAGAAAUAAUACAGCAUUAAUUGGAGCAUCUAGGCUUGCAACCCUUGCCCAAGGGAAAUCUUUCUCUUCCUCUGUUCAUUCCAUUGUGCAUAGUAUUGCUUCGGGUCCUUCUCGUAGUCCCAGUCAGAGGCGAGCGUUGAAACGUUUUACUCGCGAUCUUGAACUGUAUCUUCAAUUCGCUAAGCAGGUCCCGAAACAAACGCCUAUUUCAUCUGCCCCCUCAACUAGCUUUUCCACGCAAACCAUACAGACUAUCCAAGAAUUCAAACCCUAUCACGCCGAAUUUCAAGCUGCAGGGUUGGCGGUGACAUCAGCGGAACAACGAAACCAGUCAGUUAUAGGCGUCCAAUCAUACCGGCGCAGAAGAACGGUCCCGGAAGUUAAGCCACUUCUCCCUGGUCACAGAAGCACUGUGGUAGCAGACCUUGAAACUGGACGGGGACGCCCUCUUCUUGAUAUCGAAGAGCCACCACAAGACAGUCUACCAGCCAACGAAAUGGGAAUAAAGGCCUCAAAUGUGUUGAUCAAGAAAUCAAUACCUGAUCGCGAGAGCCCAGAAGAAGAGUUGUCUACAAUGAGUAUUGCAUCAGAGGAAACCGUCAUUGAGUGGACACCGACACAUGAGCGGGCGGAUCCAGCCAACCAUAUUGAGUCUCCACCAUGUUGCGACUUGGCACCUCCUCGAGCAUCGUCACCCGCAAAGCCACAUUGUUCAGAUUCUUUUACCUUACCUCAGCUUGGGACCCCUCCUGCCAAAAAGUCUUUACCUUGGCUUCGUAAGCCACCAAUCACAGCCGAGUCUACUUCUAAAUCCGACAACACUAUAAGAGGCAGCAGAUUUAGCAAGUUGACUGGAGACGCUGCUGCAUCGCCUCCGUACUCGGAAUUCACGAGCCAGCCAGACUCACAGUCUUCUUCUAUAGUAUUGCAUCUCGAUACUCCACCAGAGCAUAAGCGUUAUAUUUCAGAUCAGAUUCCCAGAACCUCUACUAGUACUACAUCCUCUGCAUCCCCCAUACCACCAACCACGACCCCCUGUGUACAGUUGUUUGUCGGUCCUGGCGAAGGUGAUAAUAUUGGGGUGGCAGAUUUUGCCAACUCAGAACAACUUGCCAACCAAAAUCAUUCUAUGCUUACUAAUGGGGACACUAUAGCACAGAAAGAUAUAUGUCUGCUCAAAAACCAUGCCACUCAAACAAGUGCUGCUCCAUCGUUCAUUACACGAGCUCCACAUUUCACCACUCAAAUUCCUGUUACUGUUCAAAGUCGGCAGCGUCGAGGUCUUAUUCUCAAAUCGUCUCUGAUCAGCGAAACACAAAGACGACAGUUACCCCAAAUAGCACGAACUGUUGGCACUGAUCCUGCACGUCCACAUCAAACUUCGCGCGCUUCUUCUACUUUGACAUCCCCUCACGUUACUUCAUCCCCACUUCACUGUACACAGUGUAAUGUAGUACUAAAUACCGCCUCAGACUUGAAUCUACGUCCAAAUAUUGGAUCUGCACCGGGGCCAUCCGUUGGGUUUGAUGCAAAUUCGAAGAAGAAGAAUAUGCGAAUAUGUGAGAGUCCUGAAGUAAUACAUUGUGAAGGGUGCAAUCUAUCUGUGGGAAAUUCAGAAAAGGGUAUAAAAACGGAUGCAAAUAAAUAUUACAGGCAGCACGGAGAACGAAACUUCCCUUUACAUGAUUAUGACGAUACGAGAACAAUGAAUAUAGGUUCUAAGGGGAAGCAAAAAGAACCUGAUGUAUCGGCGGAUGAAGGAUAUUUUGCUCGUCAAUCGAAUGUUCGUAAAAGUGGAGGAAAACUAGCAUCUGUCUCGGAACAAACACCAACGCCACUCUCUGAUCCGAAUAAAAGAAAGUUGAAAGUAGAGCAAGUAUCACCAUCACAAGCAAGCGAUACCUCUAUACCAAUGCCCAUCCAAGCUGGUGGCCAGUCAAGUCAAUCAACAAGGCCUGACUACAUACAAGGGCAAGUACUUUCUUAUGCAAAAUCACCUGAUAUUCCUGUAUUAUUAAAAAUCAGUCCCGAGCUAUCAGUGUCUGAAUCUGUAAGGGAUUUACAAAAUCAACUCUCUUCAUUGGAAAAACAUACUAAGCAGGAAAAAGAUACAAAGAAAUUGUUCAAGGGGUUGAGGGUCGCUACUGCAGCAGCUUGUGAAGAGGGGGUUGAUAAGUUUAUUGAAGAAAUUACAGGUUACAAGGUUCGAAAAUUACUUAUGGAUAUUAGUGCUAUGGAUGGACUUAGUGUGAAUACACUGGCACAUGUUGCAAGACAGACGGCUCAGAAAAGAAAGGGGGAUCUUAGGAGGUUACAGAUGACUAAGAUCACUAAAGAGGAGGCCAGAGACAGGAAUUUUGAAAGAGGGUUUGGAUUUGGCAAUGGCGAUGGUGACGGUGAUGAAUCGUGGAAAAAUAGCUUAGAGGAGGUGGCUAGGAUGAGGAGAAAGGGACAGGGAAGAGGAAAAUUACCAAGAAGUCAAUCUGGAGAGUUUAGGCGUAAGCAAAAUAGUAGUUUGGAGAGGGAAAAGCCUUCUAGAGAUAGAGCGUUGGGGUUGGUGGCGGGAGACCAGGGGGUUAGACUGAGGGAAGAGGCGGAAGCCGCUUUUGAUGAGGUUAGUACGAGAGAGGAUUAGUAGUGAGGCAUCAAGGGCUGAGUGGUCUGCUAUAUUGUAGAUGCUCUGCCUAUGUAUACCUAUGGAAUGCACACAAGAUAUAAAUAAUACGAUUAAUUCUCCCGCGUAGCAUGAACUACCUACUACGGAAUUAAGUUACA